AAAAGGAAUACUGAGGUUCACUUCGUGUAUUGUGUUUACUGUUGGACUGUUUCAUUUGAGAACUUUUUAGAAAUAAGUUUCCAGACACAAGGGACUGUAGCAGGAAAGUUAAUAAAUGUUUUAUUUUUCUGUGAAAUAUAAAUUUUUUAAAGUGAAUUGAAUUUAUGAAGUCAAUGGACCUUUUCUAUAUUUUUCAGGAUAGCUAAGUAGAUAAAACCAAAUAUGGGAAACUCAGGUUCAAAAAAGACGAAAUUAUCUAAAGAAGAUUUGUAUUUCUUAGAAACAAACACAAAUUUUGAAAAAGCUGAGAUAAAACAGUGGUAUAAAGGAUUUAUGAGAGAUUGUCCCAGUGGCACAUUAUCUAAAGAAAAGUUUAAAGAAGUGUAUUCUCAGUUUUUUCCUGGAGGAGAUCCAAAAGACUUCUGUGAACAUGUAUUCCGUUCAUUUGACAAGGACCAUAGUGGCUCUAUAGAAUUUAAAGAGUUUUUAUUAGCUAUUAAUAUUACAUCCCAGAAGGGAAAGGCUGAGGACAAAUUAAACUGGGCCUUCGAUAUGUAUGAUAUAGAUGGAAAUGGCACUAUAGAUCACAAAGAAAUGGAGAGCAUUAUUCAGGCCAUAUAUAGUAUGUUGGGAGCUGCAUUGGUAGGUCAAACCAUGGACUCUCCUAGUGAAAGAACAGCAAAAAUAUUUGAAAAGAUGGAUACAAAUGGUGAUGGUGUUUUAACGAAAGAAGAAUUUAUCCAAGGAUGUCUAAAUGAUCAAUGCCUAUAUCAGAUGCUAACUGCUGAUGCCUCCAAGGAUUAAAAUUAGCUUCUUCUAGAAAAUUUAACGAAUUUAUUCAUCAAUGUGUAUAUAAAGGAAUAUUUAAAGGGAGGUGACUUAAUCAUUCAUUUCACAUGUUUCAUUUGUGGUCUGUAGUAAGAAAUUAAUGAUGAAAUCAGUGCACAAUUCCAAAAAGGAAUUUAACACCAGAAAAAACAUGUUGGAAGAAAUUUGUCUUGGAUUAAUCUAUACUUUCCAGUUUUUUUUAAAUUGCUGAUGAGCGCUAGUUGAAAGUACAACCCUGAAAGUCUGAAAUUCCUUGCUGAUAGAAAUUAAGUUUUUUGGAAAAUAAAGAAAGCGCAAAUAUAUUUAGAUGGUAAUAUUCACUGUAGGAAGGGACACAACUCUUCUUAUUCUGCUACUGGCAGACUACUCAACAAUGUUAAGGGAUUUGGAGACCAGAUUACAAAGUUCUUUGGAAUUUUAAAGUGGCAGAAACUUUAAUGUUUGCUUGUGAAACCUCUGCCUAGGCUUAGCAAAUAGCUUGUGAAGCCUAUGCAUAUGCUUAGCAAAUAGCAAUAUAAAUGUAGGCCAAUUCAAAAGAAUCUCUGGGAUUGAGUAAAAGUUUUACAAUGAAUUGGGUAUCUUGCCUGUUUGUGAACAGCAUGUUGGACUAUGUUGAAAAUAAAUGCAUUUUGCUUC